AUAUAACCGAAAGUGAAACUCUCAUUCUAUUAGCCACUCAAAAACACUUCCUUUCUCACUCAAUUCCUCUAGAAUGGCUCUUUUGCCAGACAUAAAUGUUGUCUCCAAAACUCUACAAGCCCUUCCAAAGCUUUCCAAAAUUCAAAGGAUACCAAAUAGGAUGAAAAUAGUUGGAUUUCUUGGCAAGAAAAAAGAUGAUUUUCAAGAACACCCAUUACAAACUACAAGAAGAUUAGCGAUAGGCCUUGCCUCCAUAGCUCUUAUUGGAGAUUCUAACAAGGGGAUAUCUCUAGCUAAGGAUAAUGGGUUCUGGUACGAAGGCCCUAUACCUGUGCCUCCUGUCUAUAACAAGAUUGCAAAUGAGAAGACGGGUACACGUUCUUUUCUGAAAAUUGGACUCUAUGUGGCAAAUAUAGGAAUCAAAGGUAGUGAAUAUAGGCUGAGGAAAACCGCCUUUGAUCUCUUAUCAAUGCCAGAUUUGAUCAAACAAGACACUCUAAACUAUGUCAGGAAGUAUCUGAGAUAUAAGUCCACCUUCAUGUACUAUGAUUUUGACAAAGUGAUCUCAGCUGCAUCAGAAAACGAAAAACAACCUCUGACUGAUCUGGCUAACAGACUGUUUGACAGUUUUGAAAAGCUUGAAGAUGCGGCAAAGAACAAAAAUCUGCCUCGGACAGAAUCAUCUUAUCAGGACACAACAGUUAUCCUCCAAGAGGUCAUGGAAAGAUUUGCAUAAUCUAUGGAAGCUACUGUUGUAGUUUAAACAAAGUCAGUGUACUUAAUUUUGAGGUACUAUUGAAAAUAUUAAAUUGCACUUUGCUCUGCCAUAUUAGUUUUCAAAAACACUCGGUAUAUUUAAAACAGUCAAGUUCUUUUAAAUAGACCCAAAAAAAA